AUGGCGACCCUCGACCCAAGUGAUAUCGCAUCUCUUCCAUUAAAUGCGUAUAUAGCGAGGGCAACAAUAGUCGUAACAAUCACGGCCUUGACGUACGAUUACCUGCUCACUAUAGGGCGAGAAAAGGAGCUCAUCUGGCCGUCACGCAUUUCCGUUGUCAAAAUCCUUUUCUUGCUAAAUCGAUACGUACCGUUUGUAGGAAUUUCCGGUGCAACCUACGUAUUGAUCUCUUUGGAUACAUCUGCUCAUUCACAAAAAUGCGUCCCGGCUUUUUGGGUGUUUGGAGGUACGCCAGGUUCACCGAGGAUACUCCCCACAAAUGAUUUACUUAAUUAUGCAGGCAUGGUGAUUGCCGAGUAUGUUUUCGCAGAACUCAUUCUAUACACUCGAGCGUACGCUGUCUGGGGAUGCACAAGACCGGCAUUAGUCAUGACCAUAGGAACCAUAUUGGCUGUCUUCACCCCAGGAUUGUAUCUAGCAUCAUCGUUCCUCAAGUCAGCCAAAGUUGUUAAUCCGCCUAUUUUCCCUACGGGUUGUCUAAUAUAUUUAGACGGACACAUUGAUAUGCUUGCUAUGAUCGCCGUCGUGGUCUCAGAGGCAGCUUGCCUCCUGGCUGUGCUAGUAAAAGCUACCCGAAUGCCGCGAUCAAUGACUAUGCAGCAGAUUGUUGCCGAUGGCAUCCUGUUCUUUGUCGUGAUAAUUUGUGUAACGACGGCAAAUCUCGUCGUACUCAAUGUAGCGUCUCCAGAAGUCUGUAACCUCCUGCUUGCACCGCAAGCUGCUCUCCACAGCAUAUGCUGCAAUAGGCUCAUUCUCCAGAUUAAGGCCGCUUCAACUCAGACACAAUGCUCGCGUGCUAGCGUGUCACUUCCUCCCAUGUCUUCUCUCCAAUCUUAUGAAACUCAACGGAGCGAACUUGAAAUGCAGCCGCUGCAAUAG